AUGGACGACUACAGAGAAGAUGAGGAGCUAAACGAUUUCAUCGUUUCAGAGGAUGAAAAUAAGCCUGACGAAACUCAAAAGGAGAAUGAGGAGCCCGAGUCCCCAAAGGUUGAUAGAAUUGCUGAUUUGACCUCAAGCUUGAAAGUUCAUGAAUCAUAUACCUCCAAAGUCCUUCGGGCUCACAUCUCUGUCUUGACGUCAGCCCUAGGCGGACCAGAUCAUUCCACUGAAGAGGGCCUCUACAAACUAGGUCAUGACGCGUUGGCAUGCUUGAAAGAUAUAAAACGUUGGCUCAGAAGUGUGGAUGAGAAGAAUAACUCCUUCGAUGUCGCUCUAGCAUGCGCUGAUAGUGGCCUUGUCACCAAUGACUUGACAGUCAUUCUUUGCCAGUGGUUCAAACCUACCUCAGAUAAGAUUCGGAAAACGAAAGCAGUCGAAAAAAUCAUGCUAUCCUCAUUAGAGCUAUUGGUUUUGCUCACUUGGCCCAUCGACAUUAAUCGCCAGACUCUCAAGAAAGACUAUACUGCCAGAACUAAUGCUAGAAGGGCUCAGCUAGCUUACAAGUAUCAUAUCCUUAAUUACAAGCUGGGUCUCACCCUCAAAGCUGUCAUAAGUCUUGGGUUGAACGCACUUAAGACCCCAAAGGAGGAUAGGGAACCUCGAGAUGUGAACAUUCUUCGUCUCAUUCUUUUCUUCAUCAGGAAUGUUCUAUUUAUAGAGCCUUUGCCUCCAUCAAAAGCACCUAAAGGAUUCACCAAUUCUGCUGACCUACCCAAUGGAAUGAGUGCAGAGGACAUAAACACUGGAUCUGUGCUAGCCGCAUUUGAGAAGCAUAAAGUUCUUCUCUUCCUUACUUCAAUUGCCCAUUCUGUGGGUUCGAAUUUGUCUGAUGAAUCAUUUGGCCAAGCAGUAAUGGAAUGUUUGUCACUCAUAAUAAAAGGGAUUAACGUGGAUGCCUUAUUUUCAGUAUCCCAGCAUCAUGUGGCACCGCAUUCUACUGGGCAGUCGACCACUGAAGCGGCCCCAGCUUCAAGCGCCGCGGGUCUUCAACUCCAAGAUCUCUUGAAGGAAGAGGAUAAACGCAAAAAGAUUCAAAAGAAUUCCAUCUCAACUAGGCAUGGCAGGUUUGGUACGCUCCUCUCCAUAAGAGCCCCAGACGACUCUGGUUAUUACACCGUUUCAGGCCAAGAGGCAUUGAAUAGCACACAUACCACUUUGGAUAAGCUUGAUAGAACCAAGAAAUGGCAUAAAAUGUCCACUUUCAAGUAUGAUUCCAAUGCCUAUCUUCUGAAGAGCCAAGUUCACCUCAACCUUUCUAGUCAACUAAUAUUGACUCGCUUCGUCAACGAAUUGAUGGUAAGUGGAUGCUUCAAUAAUCUUCUUCGAUUUGUUGGACAAAUUUUGACGAGUGCUUCCAACGAGAGCACUCUAGGAAGAGCAGGAAUUCUUGAUGCUGUUGAUGGACAUGAACUCGCUUCAUAUUUUAUUACGGUUGCAUGGUUUCUCAGGUACAAGAGACUGCGUCACUCGCAUUACUUGAAGAAUAACAAAACACCAACGGAGGACGAAGACAGGCUUGAUUAUGGCUCAGUUGGAGAGGCAUUGAGUGAGAUCAAUUUCAUUUUGCUCAUCUCGUACUUCAGAUCUGCCUUUGAUAGCAAGGACCAUGACUCGCUCCAUAUUGCCAUGAUAUGUUUCCGAGAAAUGUUGCUCAUAUCCCACACAAUUUUCACCAAAGCAAGAAGUCAGAGGGAGAUUGAACUUGCGUCAGAAGAGGAUGUUGACGAAGAUCGAGAGUUGGCUGAGGGAAUUAUCAGGAAGCUUUUCUCUCAGAAACAAUUUUUAGACGUGAUUGUGAACAUUCCAAAGAAAGCGUCGAAGCAUUCGCCUGAAUAUCUUAGUGUGGUUGUGUCCGUGGUUCACAUCCUUCUCAAAAGUUUUGAAAGUUUAGCUAACGAAGACGUGAAGUUAUUUAUAAAAACACGUCGGAAAAUGAGCAAGUUGGGCAGAAAAGGAGGCCUCAACCAAGACAUGGAUAAGCAGCACUGGCAUUUGAUAGACAAAGAUUCAGAAGAUGAAGAUGACGAUGCUGAGAUAAGAUACAUCACACAAGAAAGAAAAUUGGACUUCAAAAAUACCGAAGUUAGGUUCUUCCACAGCGAUACAGUGGAUACUCAUAUUCAGUAUCUUUCAAAAUUUGAGGAUCUUACGCGAGAGGAAAUUAAACGAGGUCUCUCGUUCUUUCAUCGAUUGUUCGUCGUUAGAAAAGAUUUUUCGGCGUUGUAUCGACUUGAUUUUAUGAAUACAAUCUUCCGUUUGAGGGCAUUUUUACCAAGACAAUCCAGUAUAAGACAUCAUGUGGAAGACUUUAUUGUUUACUUUAUGAAGAAGUUCAAAACCUCGAUUGACAGGUUCCCAGGUGCUUUAGAGCUCCUCUUUCCUCGUUUCGAGAAUUCAGAGCUCAAAUGCUACCUCAGUACCGGAGACUUGGACACAUCAUCUAUCAAAACCCUGGACUCUGUGGCAGUUGGUCGCUCGAGCUAUUUUGCGGAUGAUGUUCGUCAACCUAAAGAGGCCCCCCUUCUUGAAUUCAUUGAUAAGACCAAGCUGCUCGACGAGAAGAUUUCGAUUAUUGUUUAUCAAAUGCUCAAGAGAAACAAUGCUGCAAAGAUUCUCAAGUUUGUUACCGGUGAGUUGGACCGAAUCGCAGCUCUUAAAAAUCAGGGUGUAUCCCUAGUUGCCUUGCGGCUAACUCUUGCAAAUCGUCGGUUAGUGAUAACUGACUCUCUUUUAAGGUUGCUUCUUGAAAGUAUCGGAUUUGAAUGUGCAUUUGUACUAAAUGAUGAAACAAUUCUCAAGCCAGAAGUUACUGCAAACGAGCUUGGGGAUGUGAAAGAAUUAAUCAACAAGUGGAUAAGUUUCCACGAGGGAUAUUCGGGCGAUUUGGAGCCUUUCCUUGAUCAAAUUCGUGAGAUUGUGUUCAGCACUGAGCAAUUAAACUUCGGAGCUCAGGCUUACUCAAAUUUGAGAAUUGGAGCACCGUUCGAUGAGCUGCUUGCAACCAGUCUAGAAUUGGAUGACGAUCAGAUCAAAAAAGUCAUUGGUUUGGCAAAAAGAAAGGAAUUUGAUGAAGCUUAUCAGUUGAAUCGAUAUGCUGAAGAUAAGGACUUUGAUCCAGAGAAUGACAAUAACGAGGUCGAAUUGAAUCUCGAUGAUAUCUCCGAUGAGGAUGCACAACCCCAAAAGUCUAGGAAACGUCGCAAUAAAAAGUUUGUCAGUUUGGAUGAUCUGGAUGAUGAGGCAACGGUGACUCAAAAAUCUUCACGCCGUCGUCGGAGAGCUGUCCCUAACCUCGACGUCGAUUCUGACUCGGAGUUGGGUAUCAGUAAAUCGGCUGAACUUGUUCAUGAUUCAGAUGACGACUCCGACGAUGAAAAAGUGCAAACAUUUUUCGAACGUGAGGAGAAGCUUAGGCAGCUCAUUCAAGAAACUGGCGGAGUGCUUCAAAAGGAACAAUUAGAGUUGUUCAAAGAGUCCUGGCAAAAAAUAAUUUCAUCGGACUCGUCUUCCCAGAUCAAAGAGGCAAUUCAAUCCGCUAGUAAGUUGUUUGUGGAUGAGAACGAGGACGAGGAAGAAACCGGUGUUGGUUUGCAAAUUGACACUCCAUUGACUUCAACCGGUGGUGAAUCAGUCGAAAGCGACGAAGAACUUGCGCCUUCUCGCAAACGCCGUGUACUCGAUGAUGAAGACCUCAGAGAGCAAUGA